AUGAGUUCGAAAACCGUUGAAAGGCUAUUGGAUGAUCUUCAUAAGUCGCUAGAUGUGAACUACGCCCACUCAAGCGAGCUGAUUGAGAGCUUGUCCGUGCUCUCUUCAGACUCUACAGAUGACAAGAUGAUUGAAGCAAUUCGCGCCCUUCAAAAGACGUUCCACAGCUUCACAACUUCGUUGGCAGAUUUGCGGGAUGAAAACAUCAAUGCGAUGGAAUCUCACAAUACCAAAAGGAAGGUAGAACCAUUCGCUAAUGUCGCAAAGAGUCGCCUCUCAGCCACUUUUGACGAGAACGGGAAUGCCUCAACUUUGCUAUCGUACGUAGAUGAGGUUAUCACUGGAAACAAUCUGAAUCUUGAACACAUCAACCUAAUAGGCCGGCUCUCUUCUGUGCUAACAGAAAUGCUUCCGUCUGAACUUGAUGACUCAACGCAGAAUCUGGAGUUAGCGCAGAUUCUGGAAGCCUACAACACAGAUAGUAAGGGCAGUGAAGACACCGACUGCUUAAAAGAAAAGCUUUUGGACUGGAUUGACUCCAUCAAAAUGGAGAAAGCCAGGUACAGCCUCGAAAACCAGCACAUUCUCCGAGACUCUUUGAAGGCUCUCACUAUGGAGGUGACACGCUGGAGAGAAAACUAUGAAUCUAUCGAAGGCAUGAUGUUUGGUGAGAACGCAAACUCUAUUUCACAGAUGCUUCACAAGGUUCAGAGGCUAAGGCCUCAACUUAAUAGUGGUUCAGGAGAAGGUCAAGAGGAAGACGUAAAGAUGGAGUGA